GGCAAAAAUCCUGAUCGGAGCAUCCCUACUAAGAAUGACUUGUGGCUUUCAGAUCUUCACGCUCCCACGUGACGAUGUUCUUAAUGUGACCGUGAGAAGUGUGCCAUCCAGAUGUCACUGGGUUUUGUUGACAGCCUCGCCCCUCAUCCACCCCCAACCCAUGCUGGAGGUCACGGCGUGUGUUGAAUUGCAACUUGAAACAAGACACGAAUGGCAGGCGCGGGAAGCAUUCGCCACUGAGCCCUUCUGGACGAUUAGUACUUUCCGUGCAUAAAGACACACAAACAUUAAAUCAGAUCACGUGUAUAAACUCGAGAGGGAGGUGUGGUUUUGUUGUGGUUUUGCACAUGCACAUGUUUUUUGCUGAUAUUCAGCUAGUGCUCUUUAAUUGAACAUGCAUUGAUGACUUCCAGGACACUUCAUUCACACAGACUGCUGAUGUGUGAUUGGUGCUCUGCCGCUGUCCGCCAGCAUGGUAGACAUGGAGAAGCACUACAGCCCCCCGUCUCCGCUGGACCACUCCGUGCUGGACAGUCCUCUGUGCCAGGACUUCAUCGGGGGAAUGGAAGAGUUUCAGGACAUCUCUCAGUCCAUGGAGGAGGACGCUCUCAGCAGCUUGGAGGUGACCGAGAACCAGUCGUCGGGUCUGGGCUCCGGAUCGGAGAGCUCCUCUGCGUUAGAUGCACUGACUCCCGCGUCCAGCCCGUCGUCAGGUGUGUACGGUGGCCCGGCGGGACAGGACGAGUUCACCUCCACCUCUCUGACCCUGGGGUGCCGCGUGUGUUCGGACCGCGCGUCAGGAUACCACUACGGAGUUCACGCGUGUGAGGGCUGCAAGGGUUUCUUCCGCCGGACCAUUCGCCUCAAACUGGAGUACGAUAAAUGUGAACGCCGCUGUAAGAUCCAAAAGAAGAACCGAAACAAGUGCCAAUACUGUCGCUUUCAGAAGUGCUUGUCAGUGGGCAUGUCCCACAAUGCCAUCCGCUUUGGGCGAAUGCCACAGUCGGAGAAGCUGAGGUUGAAGGCGGAAAUCCUAACGGGAGAAAGAGAGAUCGAGGACCCACAGCUGGCCGAUCAGAAAACCCUGGCCAAGCAGAUCUACGAGGCCUACCUGAAGAACUUCAACAUGAACAAAUCCAAAGCACGUACCAUCCUGACAGGCAAGACGAGCACACCGCCUUUUGUCAUCCACGACAUGGAGACCCUGCAGUUGGCUGAACAGACUCUUGUGGCCAAGAUGGUAGGCUCUUCUGGGGCUCUGCUGAAUAAAGACGCUGAGGUUCGAAUAUUCCACUGCUGUCAGUGCACUUCGGUCGAGACGGUGACCGAGCUGACUGAAUUCGCCAAAUCCGUGCCAGGCUUCUCAAACCUGGACUUAAAUGACCAGGUGACAUUGUUAAAGUAUGGCGUCCAUGAGGCGCUCUUCGCUGUGCUGGCGUCGUGCAUGAAUAAAGACGGCCUGCUGGUCGCGUACGGCAGCGGCUUCAUCACCAGAGAGUUUCUGAAGAGCUUGCGACGGCCGUUCAGCGAAAUGAUGGAGCCCAAGUUUCAGUUUGCCAUGAAGUUCAACUCCCUCGAACUGGACGAUAGUGACCUCGCACUGUUUAUCGCUGCCAUCAUCUGCUGUGGAGAUCGGCCAGGCCUGGUGAACGUCCCGCACAUCGAGCGAAUGCAGGAGAGCAUCGUAAACGUGCUUCAUCUGCACCUCAAGAGCAACCAUCCAGACAACUGUUUCCUCUUCCCUAAAGUCCUCCAGAAACUAGUGGACCUGCGGCAGCUGGUGACGGAGCACGCGCAGUUAGUGCAGGAAAUCAAGAAGACAGAAGACACUUCGCUGCAUCCCUUACUGCAGGAGAUUUACAGAGACAUGUACUGAGUCGGCUUUGGCUCAUUCGUCUGGUUGAUUUCUAGAAAAAGCCGUUUCUCUCAGGGGCCCUCAAAACAAGUCCCUUCCACAGCUACACUGUGAUCUUUAAUAAGGGGCAUCAUGUGAACCACUAUUUCCGUGAUUUCUGGAUGAAAACGGCAAGAACAUCAGGCCUCUUCAAUACCGCUGAGUUAAACAAUGGUUUCUGCCCUUAGUGGUUUAAAGAGAAAAACAAGACAAUGCCAAUUAAAAUGCAUCCUGUGGGUUUAGGAUCUUUUUUUGGGGAUAUUUUAUAAACUCUUACUGGUCUCUUGGGCCUGAAACUGUGAAUAGAAACCCUAAAAUCCAACGUAAUCAUACAGCAAUAUGAUUUUUUUAUAUUGACACGGUAACUUUUGAUAGUGUGCGCUUUAAACCCGCAGUUUUCACCCAAGUGACUUCCACAUAGACCUGCCGUAACCAGUGAAACUGACCGUUUUGUACCGCUACAGGGAUUUUUGCUUCAUGGUUAACAUUGUCGUGAACCCAGAAUUAAUAUUUUUGAUCAUGCUAACCUGGGAAAUCAAAAAUAUGACACAGAAUUAUCAAUCUCAGACAUUUUCCAGCCAACAUUAGCAAAUAUUUUUCAGUCAAAUCGAAAUUAUUUUUCACAAUAUUACAGUCUCAGUCCGUAACUGCAGCUUUCGAGUUAUAAAAUGCAGUGCUCAAAUACAAAGCAGAUCAAUAGCUCAUGACCUAUGCCUUCUGACAGAGCACAAGCGCUCCAGAUUGUGCAGUUUUACAGUAAUCUACUGUUUAAAGGGCUAAAAGAGCACGACAAAUGAGGUCUGUUACAGCAUUUAUACUGCAAGCGUGGCACUGCACAAAAAAUGGAGUGAAAAUGCACUAUUGCAUUAAUAUUUGAGCGAACCACACUCUUAUUGUUUGAACACAGGUGUCUGUCGGGCUUGAUGCACAUUAAACAUGCAGUGACGCAAUAGAUCGUACUGAAUCCAGGUGAUUUAAGCAGUUUGAGCAUCAUUCUUUCUCAUAUAAAUGUGGUUUAAUGACAGUAACAGUUCUCAAAGAGCCCAUACACGGCCGUUGUUAAAGAGAGCAUCAACGCAGUAACCCAGAAAUCACUGCACAGAGUUGCAUUUGCACUGCAGCUGCUCACAUGCUGCAGAUGCAAAGCCUAGCUUGCUUUAAUUUGUCUGUCUCUCCAAUAGUCAUUCUUGUCAGAGCCGCAGUGCCUAGUCUCGACGUCACACGUCUCAUUGUUCCCUAUGUAAACCAGAAACAGAAGCUAAUUGUAUCAAAUAUGUCUGUGUUAUACCAGCUUUUGUAAAUGUGAACUCUGUGUGCAGUAAUCUACAUUAAAAUGUUAUUUUGCGUAAGGGGCCGUUCACACAGAAUGCAUUGUUUGCGUUGUUUUUCUGUGUAAACAUGCGUUAGACAGACGCUUGACCAUUGCGCUCGCGUGUUUUACGGCGACUCUCGCAUGAGAUUGCACUCAAGUUAAAACGAGUUAAAAUUUUUAAAACGUGUUUUGAGACCUUUCGUUUUUUUUUCCAUUCUGCCGUCGUGUCGUGCAAGAGUUUAAUAGUACAAAAAGUGGCGUUUAAUGGAUUAGAUUGCGUAAGAUUAAUUUUGAGAGCCAUUCUAAAAUCAAACUACAAACUGGAUUCCCAGAAAUAUUAUGGAGCCCCUAAAGGAACACGGUGAUGCUAAAUAACGUAGCACAGGAUAAAAA